AUGCAAAAAAAGAAAAGGCCAUUUCAGCUAAAGCUGGAACUUGGAAGAUUUUUAAUUUUAAAUUAUUUUAUAGAGAAGCUCCUACAGGAUCCGGCCACUAAUCGCUUCCAUUAUCGCUCCACCUCUUUAUCAGUCCAUAGAUAGGCCUUACACCAUGUUGCUGUGCUUCAAUAAGAUCUUGCACUCACUACCCAAGAACUUUGAGAUGCUGGGUCGCCAUUCCCUUGCCAACGGGGUUAGCUUCUAGAAAAAUCGAAUUUUCUGUAUUAAGAUAGACACUCGAAGCACAGGACACAACGUAUCGCACUGGAAAACAUUCCCAAUUAGUCAAAAAACUAACUUUUGUCACUGCUGGAAUAUCUUUUUCCAACUCUGAGCUUCCUCCCUCCACGGGGUAAAAUACUGUUUUGGAUCUGAGCAUGCGAUCGGCCAGCCCAACAUUGCGCUCCACUACGCCAGCAACAACCUGACCGGAUACAGAUUUCUGAUCGCCAUCCUCUCUCACACAAGCUCACCAGGUCUCCUAAGAGCCUGCUCGCUACAGGUUUUCAAUGCCAUUUUAAUGUUAUGCUAAAACUUGGAAGUACCUGUGAAUCUUCUCCUCCACACUCUCCUGUUCAAUUUUUAACAGCAAGAAACAAAGAAAUUGAUAAGUUUGCAUCUGAAUCGCCACAUGAAGCAGCUGCAAUCACUGAUAGAAUUAUAAAUAAAGAACCCAAAAGAAGUAUAUUUGGAAAGAAAAAGACUUUUAAUUUAAAUUCUGAUAGAAUAGUGCAUACAGCUUCAAAGAUUUUUGGUAAAACUCAGAUCAAUUCACUGGCUAGAUUCAAUUCUACAUCAUAUGAAAAAAUUUAUUAUAAAAUAUUUUUUUCUAAAAAUUAUUAUAGUAACAAAUUCACCAGUUAUGAAAGCAAUGCUUCCUGCUGAAAGAAGCAAAAUCAUACAAGCUGCAUGUGGAGAUCCUGCUGUAUAUUAUAAUUAUAUGAGCCGAAAACUAUUCGUAAAAGAUUUAGAAUCUGCAAGUCCUCUGCUUAUAGAAAAGAAUAAAAUAGAAAAAGCAGCAAAUAGCACAGACAAUUUAUUCAAUCGGACACAAGAGUUUGCAUAUGGAAAGCGGACAAGUGGGUUUGAAAAAGAAAGACUAAUAAAGCGACAUAUAGCAUUUUCAUUAAUUUCCGAUACUAAUUUUAAUAAAAAAUAUACAAGCUUAUUAUCAUAUAAAAAAUAUACUAAAUUUCCAAUAUUAUCCAACAGAGAAUAAAGAUUUCUUUCCAAAAACACCUGUCGCCAAAACAAAAAGAAUAAUUAAAAAUCCAAAAUGCGAAACAAUUGAUUUAAUUAUAAAAACCUGUGAUGAUGCUGUAAAAAUUGCCAAUACAUUACAAAAAAACAGCAAAGAAGAAAGAGAAAAACUGAUGGAAAAAAAUUAUUCAGAAAAAAUGACAAACUUCUCUAAUGCUCUAAAAAGUGGGGAAAUUGGUGAAGGAAAUAUAGUAGAAAAGCUGCACGAAUGUUUUCAAAGAGGAAAUAAAAUAGAAGAUGGCCUCGAAAUUGUCUAUAAAGGCAGGCAUACUUCUUUAGCAGACGUAAGAAAGCAUAAUGCUAAGAUUCAUAAACUCCUAAAAAGGUAUAAAAAUAAAAUCUUAAAAUAA